AAUGGCAUCGAUAAGAAGGAACAUCCUUUUAAGGAAGCAGACAGUGUCUCCCCGGGUGCUCCCACGCCAUCUGAUUCCUGUGCCCCCAAAUUCAACUGUUUACGCUCACUCCAGGUAUCGGCCAGUAAUGACACUAGUGCAGCCAGUUCUGAAGCCCCCUCGGAUGUUAACGGAACAAAGCAAACUGAACAGGCUGAGGAUCCGAAUACCACAGAGGAAACUGCAGCUGGGCUGCUUCUCCUUCAUUCAAGCAAUACUCCUGAAAAACAAGAUGUUUGUCACCACAGGCCAGCACAUUCCAAAGUACCAAGGUUGGUAGAUGGUGGCCUAAGCAAUGACAGCCCUAAUGAUGAAGCCUUAAACUCUAGUCAUCAGAUUCCCAAAGUGCAGAAAUACAUCAGCUUCAGCCAACCGCUCUCCGAGGCGACUGCCUGCAUUUCCCCAGGUGACAGUGCCACGGUCAACAAGCAACUCGGCCCACAGGUUUCCAGCAAAGACACUGACAGUGACUAUGAGCUUUGCCCAGAGAUAACCCUAACCUACAUGGAAGAAUUUUCAGAUGAUGACCUGGAGUAUCUGGAAUGUUCCGAUGUUAUGACAGAUUACACUAAUGCAGUUUGGCAAAGAAACCUGCAGGGGACUGAGCAUGUUUUUUUAUUAGAAAGCGAUGACGAAGAGAAGGAAUUCAGUGAGCAUGGCCUGGGUGGGUGUGGGCACUUCCUCAGUGAAAUGGGUUGCGGGCCUCGGGUGUCAGAUGACACUGGGUCUAUGGGCGCCACCACUGGCUUCUGUGGUUAUCACUCACAGCCCCAAGAAGUGGGGACAAGGAACAGCAGAGCCUGCAUGCAUGGUCCCUUAUCCCCACAAACAGGGAUGACUCUUACUUUGGGACCUCACCAGGAUGGAACAUCUACGGUGACAGAACAGGGGAGAUAUAAACUCCCUGCUUCUUCUGAGGCUGCUGAAAAUGAUUAUCCAGGAAUUCAAGGAGACAGAGAUAGCCACCAAGCAGGAGAGGAAUUCUCCAGUGACCAUCUGCUAAACAUGGAUAAAGCAGCGACAGAGACCCAGAGGAAGCCCUUGUCUGGUGAGUUAGAAAAAUCAGGGAUGAACCAGUGUUGGGAGAUGGCUGAGAAGAGAGGAGGGGAAAAGGGCUUGUGGAGUAAGAGGGGCCUACAGACACCUGCCAGGGGGAGGCGACCAGGAAUUAAGGGAAAACCCAAGAAGCUGAAUGCCAACCUGAAAGAGAGUGCAACAGCAGGCAGCCUUAAUCUCCUCCGUCCCAAAGGACCUGCUAAGCACCCACUAACCCGGAGUGGUGAAAGAGAGACUCCUCAUGCCAAAGCAGGAGCUGCUGAUUGGAAUUCCCACUUCCAUGCAGGAGAAUGUGCCCCUUCAACCCAGGCAGAGCAAGAAGUGGAAACCCUCCAAACUCCAACAGACUCACUCCCCAAAGCAGGGGACGCUGGCUUCAAGGGAGAAGGGAUGCAGGUUAAUACCCUAUUUGAAACAAGCCAGUUUCCAGACCCAGGUAAUCGUCCUCAGGUGCAAAUUCAGGAAAUGGUCAGGGAGAGAACAUGUCUCAGCCAGAUGCCAGCUUUCUCAGAGCCUGCCGGGGAGGAGUCUUCAUUCAUCGGGACCACAACAAAUUCCUUCCCCAACUCAGGAGGGACCCAUGAGGAACACGCAUCAUUGGCCCGAUACCUGGAGGUAGAAAGCUGUACUCAAGACCCACAGCAUGAAAAAAGACAAGACAGAGAACACAACACUCCUAGCCAUUGGUGGGAAGACCUUGAACAUGAGUUGAGCAUCCCAGAAGCCAAGUGUGGAAUUCUGUCCCCAGGGGGGCUCUUCGCACAUCUCCCCCAGGAUGCCAGUGCUGGGCACAGGGACCCUGAGGCUCUCUCUGUCGCUUCCACUGAACACACAGAUCCUGCCCUCACCCUGCAAAAUGUGUGCGAUGGGCCAAGGGGCAGGGAAGUGGCGUGUGUGAUGGAGUGUUUUGAAGCUGGUGACCAAGGAGCAUGUUGUGAUGCCACGGGUCCUCGUGUGGCAGCACCAGUGGAUAAAUAUUUGCCUCAAGAAAUUUGCUCCACAGACUUCGCACUGGCAGGAGGUCAAAGCAGAGCCAAAUACCUUGCUGUUUCCAUUGCUGAGAAUAACCAUGCAGAUGGUGCUGAGGAGAGCUCACCUCAGGCACCAGAGGAGAAUAUUGUCCAAUUUCCUUCCAAUGUACAGUUGGGUCAUAUUUUAAGUGGCCCCACCACCAAACCUACAGAAGACCCACUUUGCAUGGCAUCCAGUGUACCAAGGGCCCACGGCCAUGUCCCCCAGCUCCCAGAGGGAGAAAGUUUCUGUAGCGAUUCCCCUCUGCAGAUUGAUAGCCAGACAGGAGAUGAGAGCCAGACCAGGGACAGAGCUGUCAAUAGGAGCCUUAAAGAGCACUUCCAGGAAAAAAGAAGUGAAACAAAGCAGAGGAUCCAGCAGAGGAGCCUGUCCCACCAGGGUUCUCUUUCUGCAGAUGAUUCUCAAGAAAGUGUGCCCACCACAUCUCCUGCACAAGAGGAAAUGAACUGGGUGCCCUUGGAGCACUCACCAGCAAACUCCAGGGAAGAAAGAGGACAGAGCUCAGGCCUGGGGAUGAGUGUCUCCAUGGUGGAUGAAGACAGUCAGGGUCUGAGCAAUGUUUCAUCUCUCUCCAGUGUUCUUCUGGAGGAGUCUAAAGAGAAUGGACUAGGACAUCAGGAAGCAGGCAACAAGCUGAAGAUUGUAACUCUAGAGGCUCCUGUUUCAGAAAUCUGGCCACCAAGAGAACUGACACAUUCUGAGUGCAAAGAGUUGGAAGCUGGUCCCAUAGUUCCUGACAGGGUCUGGGCUGUACCUGAUGUUCUAAAGGCAGAUACUGCUGUGCCUGAACUGGACGCCUCUGGAGGAGCAACAUUGGCUCACAGUCCGCAGCAUGAGUCUGACUCAGCCCUUGCGAAUAACAGAGAGAUCCAUGAAGGUGAAGAACUGGGCCGCAGAGCACACUGGAGCAGUCUUUCCUCCCGGUAUUUGAGCCAACCCAGAUUCCUGGAGUCAUCCGUGGACCCCAUAGAUGAAAAGGCAUUAUGUGUUGCAGAUCCACUACCAGAGGCUUCCAAAACCGGACGGAAGGAAGAUGUUAACAAUGUGAGUCGAGGCCAGGGGGAAAACCAACUCGAGGUGGACCAUCCUGGCUUCUUUAAACAGUUUCUGACCUGCCCUAAAAUCCUAGAGUCCUCUGUCGAUCCCAUUGACGAAACAAGUUUGAUAGAGUGUACAAGAGCUGGACAACAAGUGCCUUCUGAACGCACACAGGGGGUCAUCGGAGAGGGCAGUAAAUUGAAUGAUGGAAACUUGGGCCGGAGAGUGGAAGUCCAACCUGCUGUUUUGCAAGUUCCAGAGGAGACCAUUCCAAGUGAAAACAGAAUCAACAGAAACCAAGAGGACAGUGAGAGAGGGGCAGCCAAACAAAGUCAACACGGUGAGGCAGAAGUGGACGCCCACCCUGCCAUUUGGCAAGUCCCGUGUGCUGAUGGAGGCAGGGAGAGAACUCCAGGUGGAUGCGGCAUAAACCGGACACGAGAAGGCACUGGCAGAAGCUUAGCCGAACAGAGUAAAAAGGACAAAGCAGAGUUCACUUUCCCCACGUCACCUCUUCCUAGUUGUCUUGCGAUGACGACUCCUGCAUCUGUUGUGGUUGACACUCACAAUUCCACAGGCUGGAUUCAUGACAUCUCUGAAAAUGACUUAGUUGAGCCCCUACAUCGUCAGGAUGUAUUUUCUGACUCAAAGGAAAGAGGAACUAUGGAGAAUGAGUGUGGGAAACAUUUGACCUCUUCUAGCGAUCUUACGCGAUUGCCUAGUACUUCAUCUCUUAAACGAAAUAGCACACGCAUUUCAAUAAGCCAUGAAGUUGAGGAACCUAAAACAGAGGAGCCUGAAAUUGGGGAAGCCAAACUCCCAAGCUCAUCUGUCUCACCAACAAUGACUUUGGCAUUCAUUUCAGGAGAAUGUGAGUCAGAGAAAGCCCCCAGGUUACUGCAGGACCUGUGUCAAAAGGGCACCCUGGGAUGCGUGAAAAAGCCAAGGGAAAAGGACAGGCUCAGCCACCUGGCAGCCCAAAUGGGCAAAUUACCAGAGGCCCAACCAGCAGUGACUGGCUCAGAGGAGGUCAAGAAAAAGCAAGAGACCUCAGGAAGUGGACACUUAACUGAGGGAGUAAAGAAGAAAAUUCUGUCCAGGGUGGCAGCCUUGAGACUGAGAUUGGAAGAAAAAGAAAAUGUCAGAGAGAACUCAAGCUUUCUAAAAAAGAUUCCUAAACUAGAGACAUCGUUAUCAUGCCCAGAUGAGAAAAAAGAUUCCAAAAAGUCACCGUGCAAAAGAGAAGGAAAAG